ACACUUUGAUCUCGACUCAAGCAUGCAUCAUCAAUGGCGGCUGAUGAUCUGUCCACGUGCGUGCUUGUGCAUGCAGCGCACCCGUGGCUGCAGGACGCGAAGAAGGCGCCGAACGUGCCGCUAGGGGACGUGGUGCGGGCGCGGUUGAAGCAGUUCUCCGUCAUGAACCGCUUCAAGAAGAAGGCGAUGCGGGUGAUCGCGGAGCACCUGUCGGCGGAGGAGAUGGAGGUGAUCAAGGAGAUGUUCGCGCUCAUGGACACGGACAACAACGGACGGGUCACGCUGGACGAGCUCAAGGCCGGCCUCGCCCGGGUGGGCUCCAAGCUCAUGGAGCCGGAGAUGGAGCUCCUCAUGGAGGCCGCCGACGUGGACGAUGAUGGCUACCUCGACUAUGCCGAGUUUGUCGCCAUCACCAUCCACUUGCAGCGCCUCUCCAACGACCAGCACCUCCGCAAGGCCUUCCUCUUCUUCGACCGCGACAGCAGCGGCUACAUUGAGCGCCCCGAGCUCGCGGACGCCCUCGCCGACGACUCCGGCAGGGCCGACGACGCCGUCGUCGACCACGUCUUGCAGGAGGUCGACACCGAUAAGGAUGGUCGUGACAGCUUUGAGGAGUUCGUCGCGAUGAUGAAGGCCGGGACGGACUGGAGUCACUGGAGGAAAGCGUCGCGCCAGUACUCCAAGCAGCGCUUCAAGUCGCUCAGCAACAGCCUGAUCAAGGACGGCUCCAUCUCCAUGGCGCUGCUGACCAUCCAUCACACAUACAUUCAUAUUCCGACUGCAGAUGGUCGACCGAUGCGAUGCUUGGUUUUUGAUGUAUACAUCAAUUCAAUUGAAUUGGAUUUAAUUUCUUCCAGUAGUUUGUUCAGUAGACUGUUUGAAUCUUCUGCAGGAUUAAUGCGAAAAUGUUUUUGGUCUGGCGUUGGAUCAUGCCUGUAA